CUAAUCCUGAUCCUCUCUCUCUCUCUCUCUCUAGCCACCUUUUCCGAUAACAGUAGUUUCGAAUCAUCGAUCUCAAAAACCCUAAUCCCCUCUAUCACCGUCUUCAACCACCGUUCCGAUAACAGUAGCUUCGAAUCACCGAUAUCCCAAACCCUAUUCUCCUCUCUCACCGUCUUUUUCUACUAUCUACACAUGUACGCUUGUGCAAUUGGAGAAAAUCAACAAGCUCAAGGCUAAUCGAGUGGAUAAUGAUGAAUUUGCAGUUGAUUCUGAGGAUGAAGAGCUUGAAUCUAUCACUUGAUUGUGCAAGAUAUAACUAUCGCAUGAACUUUGCGUGCAAACACCAACACACCCUCACUUUUUAUUCUCUUCACAUGGAUGCUAAUGCAAUUGGGGAUUUUAUCAACAAGCUCAAGGCUAUUCGAAUUGAGAAUGCUGCAUUUGCAGAUGAUUCCGAUGAUCAAGAUCUUGAACCUAUCACUUGAUUAUGUAAGGCUUUGCUUGACCCCAAAAAAUUUCAUCCAGGAAGUCUUCUAUGAGUGAUUUUGUGGAGACCCUUUGGAUUUUGUGCUUCGGGUUUAUGCACCGAUUUUUGAGAUGGAAAGCACAUUUCACCAGAUGCUAUUUGUUUUACAUGUGGCCUUCCUUGACAUAUCUUCUCAGAGAUCAACACGAGCAGUGGAAUCCCCCAAUCUAAAGAAACCAUGCUGAAGACAUUUGAUCAGCGUGUUAACACGACCCACUCAGCCUUCUUACUUGUGUUCUAUUAUCAAGAUCAAGAUCCUAUCCACAACAUUCCAAGCCAUCACUUCUUCACAUUUGAUAUUUUGACCAGUCGUAGCAGGCAAAAUGAUGAAGAAGUGGUUUAUACAUUCCCAGGCUCUUCUUGGAAUGCUGUUAGUGCAGCUUUUUGCAACUGGGAUGCAAGUUUUGUCAAGGGUGAUCUUGAUUCAAGGAGCAUAUAUUUUUUCCUUAAUUACGUAUCGGCACAUUGUUGGGGCAAUUUGUGUUGCCCCGUUCGCAAUCUACUUUGAAAGAGGACAAGCAAAGAAGUUCAAUUGUAGAGUUUGUUUCUGGCUUUUUGCUAAUGCAUUAGCAGGGAUGACAUUGUCUCUAGCAUUAUUUUAUUAUGGUGUUCGUGACACAUCGGCCACUUAUGCUGUCAAUUUUCUUAACUUGAUACCUAUUUCUACAUUCCUGGCCUCCAUCAUAUUCAGGAUGGAAAGUCUUAGAAUUGGAACAUGGGGUGGUAGAGCAAAGGGUCUCGGGACGCUUAUUUGCGUGGCCGGAGCUAUAAUUACAAGUCUAUAUAAAGGGAAGGUGUUUUAUAUUGGUCAUCAUAGUAACCAUGCUCAGAUGAUCAUUGUGGCAGCACCCCAAAUUAACAUGCUUCGCGGAACUUUCUUUUUGGUUGGAUCUUGUUGUUCAUACACUACAUGGUUUAUUAUGCAAGUUAAGUUGGCUGAAGUAUUUCCUUUGAGAUAUUGGAGAACAUUUUUGUCAUGCGUUAUGGCAGCACUUCAGUCCGCGGUUAUAGGCGCUUGCUUUAAUUAUAGUAAAGAAGCUUGGAGAUUAGAGUGGAAUCUCCAGCUCAUUACUAUAAUUUACUCGGGAGCAUUGGCAACUGCCGCCACAUUUUGUCUAAUAUCCUGGGCAGUUACUAUCAAAGGUCCUACAUACCCAUCCAUGUUCAAUCCGCUUGCCCUUGUUCUUGUUGCCUUAUCAGAGGCUAUCUUGCUGGGUGAACCACUGCAUGUUGGACAGUUGUUGGGCAUGGUUUUAAUCAUACUGGGGAUAUAUUCUUUUCUGUGGGGUAAGAAGAAUGAGAUGCAUUUACCUCAGGAGAUAAGUGCAGCAGCAGGACCAAGUUAUUCACCGGAUGAAAGUGUACUUGAAAUUGAUAUCUGAUAGAUAUUAUUACUCUUUUUGAUGUUAUAUACAAGUUUCAACCUUACCCAUGGAAGGGAUGCGUUUUGACAUCUAUACUAUCUUAUUAGUCUUUCUAGUAGGUCAUUUUCUUGUUCAAAUUAUUUUAGAUGGUCACUUUUAGAAUACUUUAACCUAUUUGAAGGAUCAUUCAAUAAACUUUAGAAUAAUUCAAAAUAAACUAUUGGAAGGUUAAAUAUCUCCGUACCUAAGUACAAACUUGCUUGAACAUACUGUACCUUAUGAGUUAUGAUUGUCUGAUUA